AUGGAUGUGUACAAUAAUAGGGCGGAUGGCCCCCCGGGGGGAUCUGAUUCCUCUGAAUUAUCACCGCAGUCCUCAUCUUCCUCCAACCCUGAGGUGGCAGUCGAUCUUAACUCGGCCAUAACAACAACUACUACAACUACUACUACUACUACUACUACUACUACUACUACUACUAAAUCCAAAAGAAGGAGGUCGUUCCCGUUGGGGUUUGUGACUGGGGUUUUGUUCUCUUCUAGCAGUGACCCGUCGUCUUUUGUUGACGGGGCCAGGGCGGAGGGGAGACCGGUUGGUAGUAGUGGGAAGAACAGCACCACGGCGACUGCGCUGAGGAGGUUGAGCAACAGGUUCCCUUCGGCUGUGGAGAGCGGGGGUAGUGAGCAGGGGAGUUUGACGACGACGACGACGACGGGGCCGGUGGUGGUUCGGACGUAUAGCGGUGGUGGGGGGGAUCAGCGACGUCGGAGCCGGCGCGGUCGUGUGUUGAGUUCUGGGGUGGCGACGACUGGUAGUUCGAAUCUUGACGUCACCACCACCACUACGCAAGCAACACUGUCAUCCGAAGAAACAACAGCAGCAACCAUGCCGCCGAAACAACACCAGUCAGGGUCGGCGUCGUCGAAACCGCGAUCGGGGUUCUUGCUGGGGGGUUGGACAUGGGGGGGGAGGGAACAGCGACGACAAGAAGAACCUAAACUCCCGCCUCUGGAGGCGUUUUCGUUUAGGUCUUUUGUUCAGGAUGCGGGCCAGCAGCAACAGGGUGAUAUCAGUGCUGAUUUGGAUAGGAUAGCGGAAAUUUGUGCUAGGAGUCGGUACUCGUUGUCGAAUCAGUACGAGGUUCAUGUUGCGCCUCAUGGGUCGGGGGCGGGGUUUGUGACGGAACAACAACAACAACAACAACAACAACAACAGAGGAGUAGGAGGGGGAAAAAGAGUGUGGCUGAGGGGAGGUUGGAGACUAUUAUGAGCUGUAGUCGGAGUUGUUCCUCUGAGGGGGGAGAUGGGAUGAGACAACAACAGAAGGGGGCGGGGGAGGUUGUUGAGAGGGUGAGGGGAAUAGUA